AUGACAUCCCAAGUGGCUUAAUUGAAGAGUAUGAUGAAUCGAAGUAAACUUUCUGUUUAUUCUUAAGCUGAGAGAACUCUGCAGAGCUUACAAAAAUUGUAUCUUCUUGAUUAACAUUAUAAUUUUUCAAUAAACGUAAAUCCGGAGAUGUGUCAUACUUAAUUUGAUGAUGAAGACUCAUUUGACUAUAGAUAUGACGGAUAUUGCAUAAAUAUAUAUGAUAUUGAAUUUGAAGAAUUUUAAUAAUUACCUGAGUAAGACUACUUUUCGAGGGAUUAUAAUUUUGUGUCCCUUAUGAAUGAAUGCAUAAUGCCGAUGGAUCCCACUCAAAUAUUUUUACCCGAUAAUAUUUAUUUUAGCAAAGUCGAAAGAGAAUUCACUGCCUGGUGGCCUCAAUGGAAUAGAAUUAGGGAUUAUCAUCCCUCUAAAAGGACAUGGUUUAUUUAACAUUUGCAGAAUCAUGAACAACACCCUAAUUAAACUUGUUUCAAAUCUGAUAUGUAUCAAUUUUUUGCAGACUAUCCUGUAAUGGCAAUAACCACUACUUGCAGUUUGAAGGAUGAAAAUAAUAAAUUAAUUGCCAUUUUGGCUUCAGAUCAAGAGUUACUAGAUAAAUAUUAUAAGCAUCCUAGGUUAAAUGUGAUGAUUGUGAAUGUUGAUGGAAUGUUAGUAAUUAGUACUAUGGAGAGUUAAUUGAUAGCAAAUUCAGCAGAACUUGGAUAUUUUUAUGAAUAAAAUGUAACUGGUUUCAACAAUGAGGAUUGGGAUUAGAUUGUUAAGUAUGUGUAAAAUCACUCUUAUUAAUCAAAUUGUUAAUAUUUUCCAAUUCCAGAUGAUUUGCUAUGCCGUUAUAAUUCAUUGUUGAAAUAGGAUGUGAUAUUCUAAGUGCAGAACUUAACAAACCCAAAUUUUCUUUACAUAUUAUUCUUCAAUUUGACUGAUGAAAUUUAAUGGUUGGUGGAUCAAUAAGAAAUCAUACAAGAAAUCAAUAUCUAAUCGUACUACAACAUUCUAUUCCUGGUAUCGAUAGCGUUAUUAAUCAUAACCAUCCAAUUGGUAUGUAUAUAGAUAAUCUUCCUUCCUCUGAACGAUUUAAUCAAACACUCAAGGGCUUAUCUCAAAUCUAACUCUCACAGACUUCUCUUUAGAUAGAAGGAAUUCUACUUAUAUAACUUUUACAUUGAUGGUUAUGCAAGCAAUAAUAUCCUAUUAGGGUUAAAGUUGGCAUAUAAAUAGAUCUAUCACAGAAUAAGCAAGCAAAAGUUUAAGAAAUGUGAUUAGUGCUAGAUCAUUUAGAAGUUUUAGUAUCCUUCAAAUCAAAUAAGAACUAAAUUACAUUUAAUUAAACAACUGGAUUUUGAAUACUCCAUUAAAUUGACAGAGAAUCAGAUAAGGAAACAAAUAGUUCAACCAUGUUUAGUGAAGUCCUUUGAUUUUUGA